UAUUCCUAUUAGAAAAACAAAAACCGAUUAAUUCCCUCAUAUAACCGGAACUCAUUAAUCAUCCUCAUAUACAAUUUCAUCCUUUAUAUCCUCAAAGUCCUCUACAAUUUCUCACUCCCAUUAACAAAACCGAGCUUCUAAAUAAUGGGUAUGAUGAGUUCCUGCUUUAGUAUUAGGGAUCAUCCAAGUGAAAACUCAGAUGGUUCAGAUUCAGGAAAUUACUUGGUUUCUAAGUUUAAUUCAAUAUUUAACAAGGUUAAAGGAACAUUUAGUGGAAACGAAGUCCAUCUUACUUAUUCCACAAAACAGCAAGCUGCGUCUGUGGUAGAUGCAAUUCUUGAUAGAACUGCUGUUUCUGUUAAUGAGAUCUUAAUUCCAACCUCAUCUGACGUUUACCAAAGUGGACACCAGUCUUCAGAACAAAAUCCCGAUGAAACUCUUGACGAAGCUUCUGCUUCUGCUUCUGCUUCUGCUUCUGUUAAUGAGGGAGUCACUGAUCAAAAUGCCGAAAGUGGACAAUCUGAAGCUGCUGCUGCUGCUGCUGCUGCUGCUGCUUCUGUCAACACUGACAUCUUAAACACAAGUUCAGGUCACAUUCACCAAAAUGUAGAAAUUGGGCUACCUUCAGAGCAAAACGUCGAGGUGGGUUUAAUAACUCUUGACGAAGCUGCUGCUGCUGCUGUCAACGCUGACUUCUUAAACACAAGUUCAGCUCACAUUCACCAAAAUGUCCAAAGGGGGGAAGCUUCAGAACAAAGCUCCAGGGAAGUUGUAAUUCUUGAUCAACUUACUAAUGCUACCUUGUCCAAAGAGGAGGUACUACCUGCACAGACUCAACUCAAUUCUUGUACUCAAGAAUCCUCUCUCAAGUUAAUUACGAAAGAUGAUCAAGUGUUUCCAUCCUCAGACGAAGAGGAUGUUUGUCCCACAUGUCUAGAAGAUUAUGAACCCGACAAUCCCAAGAUAGUUGCAGAAUGUUCACACCAUUUCCACCUUAGCUGUAUAUACGAGUGGAUGGAAAGAAGUGAAACAUGUCCGAUUUGUAACAGGUUAAUGGUGAUCAAUGAAAAUAAUUAGAACUGAAAUCAUGGAGUACAAGAAAAACUAAAGACAAAGGACAUCAAAAACGCGAAAAGGAAACUGGAUGUUGGAGAAACAUCAAUUGCAAAUACAAGUAAAACAAGGGUGGAGCUGUCUGUUUUGUAGCUAGCUAGGUCGAGCUCUAUCAAACAUCAAACAUAAUCUACUGAAUGAAUUUUGCAGAGAUGGUGGUAAUGACAGAUGAGAAUGCUGUAAAAUGGCAAGCACCUUGUUUGCUUUCGAUUGUAUGAAAUGCUACUACUUCCUCUUUUUAGCUAGAUUUAAUCGUCAAGUUGGUAGUGUAAUUUAAAAUUUGUUAGAAAUGACCUUUGAUAAGGUCGACUUUGUGACAAAAGAACCUUAUAUAAGGAAAGUGGCAAAAUGGGACUAAAAUCACAU